CACUUUUCCGCACGAUCUUGAAUCUCGACUUGCAAAAUCACACCGGACCAGCAUCGUCAACCACAGCAGCAAUGGCCAAGUCAAAGAACUCGUCCCAGCACAACCAGAGCCGCAAGGCUCACCGUAACGGUAUCAAGAAGCCCAAGACUUCCAGAUACCCUUCCCUCAACGGAACCGACCCCAAGUUCCGACGAAACCACAGACAUGCUCUCCACGGCACCAUGAAGGCUCUUAAGGAGCUCAAGGAGGGCAAGCGCGAGACGGCAUGAGUGUGUUCCGAUUGGCAAAACUGUUGAACGAAAACAAAAAGGGGAAUCUUUGCAAAGUUUCAGGGCCAAUGGCCCAUUAUUAGACGCGAUUGGCGCAGGAAUUUGAAUGCCUCAUCGGCUAAUAGGAAAUGCAUCACCAUAUGCUGAAAUAUCGAUUUGAGUUUCCUCUUAAUAUGAGCACCGGAUAGACGAAUCGGCUGUCUGGAAUGGUGCAAAGUUCCCUGCCCUCUUUCUG